AAAAGCUCUACGAUGAAGGGCAACUUGGUAAUGGAAGUCCACAGGCCAUAAUAAACUCUCUAUGGUUCCGAUUCACAACAAACUUCGGCAUGCGGAGUGUGGAAGAACAUUACAAUUUACGAUGGGGUGAUGUGAAGCUGUGCCGAGACGUAGAAGGAGAUGAGUAUCUGGAGUUGGUCGAGAGGCAGACAAAGACUCGAACGGGUGCAACUGACGAAGCAAGAACUGUGCCGCCAAGAAUUUGGGCCAAUGAUGAAGACCCAUCCAAAUGUGUUGUCGCAACUUACAGAAUAUAUGCGUCAAAACGGCCCCAUCGGUUUUCCGAGCCCAGCGACCCAUUUUACUUGUCAACAAGUACAAAAGCCAACAUCACUGCGACUUCUGGAAAUGAGCAAUGGUUCAUCAGCAUAAUUGGGCAUAAAAAAAUUGCACAAAUUAUGAAACACAUGUGCAUUAAUUCUGGAAUCAGUAGAAAACUUACUAAUCACUCUGCCAGGAAGCACAUGGUUCAGAAGCUGCGGGAUUCAGGAUGCUGCCCCACGGAUAUAAUGCAAAUCAGUGGACACAAAAACGUUCAAAGCAUAAUUAACUAUAGCAACAUUUCCCUUCAGACUCAAAAGAAAUGUUCCAAUAUUUUGGCAGGUACUAGCAUUGCCAAAAGCAACGAAUCCAUUGCAUCAAACAUGUCCCAAAGCAUGAUGCAGCGCGAAAGCAUCGCCAUUUCAUCUUCGUCCCAUUCACAACUGGCAGCACUUCUGAAUCCUGGACAACAACAGCUUCCUAAAGAAGUUACAGCAACUUUAAAUCCAGAAGCAAUCUCUUUCCCCACCCACUUUGACUCGACACGUGGGGGUCUGUUUUUUGGGGCAACAGUGAACAUUUCAAACUUAAAUGUUUACUACGGUGAUGCCAAAAAUGAAAAAUAAGUAACUGAUUUAAAAUCCAAUGUAAACGUAAUGUUAAAAUCCCGUUCGAUAUUGUUACUGUCCAUUUUCUUGUUUCAAAUUUUCACACAACACUGUUGACACGUUC